UCACCUGCUAGGGUGCAUUGUAUUUCUGUUGUAUCUGUACGAUCUGAUGAUAUGCACAUCUGACAGAUCUAUGAUGUGACAUUAUCAUCAUCGAUUGGUUAAUAAAUUGUGCUUGGCUUAUUCUGUUGACAACGCUGCAUGCGUAAAGUAUGCAAAUGUAAGUCAAUCUUGCGACGUGGGCUACUGCACCAUCGAAAGCGAUAGCGUGAAGUGUAGACAUGUAAAUCAACUUUAUGUACUGUAGCCUUCUUUCCCUGUGUCAUUUUGUGUCAUGUCGCUACUUGUACUAAAGGCUCUUAUUACAUUUAGUAGACAUCGUUUGCUCAGUUUGUGUUUGGUCCUUUAAGAAAUGCAACAAUAGACUAGGUUAUUUUAAAUUACACUGUCAGAUUAACUACGAUCUUUCAACAAAAGAAAGCAUGUGUGCCCAAUCAGAUUGCCCUGAUUUGCACAAAAAAUAGCAAUUAAAAGGGGAUUUAUUAUAAAUGGGGGAAAAAAACACCUUGUUGCACUCCAGACCACCUACCCUCAAACCAGGCGCUGAUAUUUUCAUCAGUUUAAGAUAACUAUGAGCUCCGAAAUGCACCAAUUCAGGACUUUCCCUGGCAGAGAUAUUGCAAUUAAGUCAUUGGGCUACAACUGGCAUUUCAUUCCUGAACUUUAUACUUUGGCCUCAGUGAGGAGAUACGAAUGGUGUUGUUUGUCUCUAGCUGGGUGAGAGAAGUCCAGUCCGCCUCAGUUUGGGGAGCAGUAGGUCAGGAGUCCUCUUGUGAUCACAUGAUGCCCACUCAGCUCUAGACAUAGAGGCUGGGCUGCCAUGGAAAACCAGGCUGUGUUUUCUGCUCUGGAGGCAGUGUGUAAAGAUGCCAUAGCUGCUCUCUCGGGGCCGACUGGCAUCAGUGACACCGAGGCGGCAUCCCGCCUGCUGGAAUCCGUGCGGCAUAUCCAAGGGCACGGGCGUGCCCUUCAGCAUGUCGUCAAGUGCUUCACCACAGUCUUCCAUCAUUUUGACUUGGACCCCCAGACUCCUGCGAAUGGUUACCGCACGCUAGUCAAGGUGGUGCGUGCCUGUGUCCUCCACGUCAUCCAGAAAGCACGCUACGUGGCGGACAACUGCAGCAGCGCCUUUUUCCGGGCAGAGCACAAUGCCAGUGAGCUGGAGGCCUACAGUACGGCACUGCGCCAGCUGCGUGCACUAAUGUACCUGGGCCAGAGGCUGCUGGGCGAGAACGGUGUGGACCAGCUGUACUCCACACAGGACCAGGGCAUCAGCCACAGCUUUGUGAGCGAGUACAUGUCCCUGCACAAGGCCUGCUUCUACGGACGCUGCCUGGGCUUCCAGUUUUCCCCAGCCCUGAGGCCUUUCUUUCAGACUGUGGUCAUCAGUAUGGUGUCCUUUGGGGAAAACUGGAAGAAGCAGCAGUCCGGUAUAGGGAGAGCUGCCUUAUCCAUCCUCACGUCAGGGAAGUAUGUGGUGGACCCAGAGCUCAGAGGGGCCGAGUUUGAGCGCAUCACCCAGAAUCUGGACAUGCACUUCUGGAAGGCCUUCUGGAACCUCACAGAAUCUGAGCUACUCUCAGGCUUGGCCAGUAUUACAGCCAACAUAGUACAGGUGAACCUGACCCUCACUGUACCUCCUGUCACCUUGCGUAUGCCUCUGGCGUCUGACCACCGCCUCUGUGUGGCUGUCCACCCUCCUGUUGCCCACUGGGGCCCAGGCAAUGUCAAGAUGAGACUCAUCUCACACACACUCCGAGAGGGACAGGACAGUGAAGAGCUGUUGGCAUAUUCCGAGGGUGCCUCUGGCUCCAUGUCUUUACCCUCAGGGUUCCGCCCUCAGCGGGGACCCCUCUCACCCUGGCUCGUCGUCCACUUCCAUGGUGGUGGAUUUGUGGCCCAGACCUCCAAAUCUCACGAGAGCUAUCUGAAGAGCUGGUCCAGACAGCUGGGUGUUCCCAUUCUGUCAGUGGACUACUCUCUGGCCCCAGAGGCCCCUUUCCCUCGGGCGCUAGAGGAGUGCUUCUACGCCUACUGCUGGGCUCUGCAGAACUGCCACCUGCUGGGUUCCACAGCGGAACGCGUGUGUCUGGCUGGAGACAGCGCCGGCGGCAACCUGUGCAUCACGGUCUCCAUGCGAGCGAUAUCCAAUGGAGUGCGUGUGCCUGACGGCAUCAUGGCCGCCUACCCUGCCACGCUGCUGACGGCCGACGCGUCGCCCUCCCGCCUGCUCACACUCAUCGACCCCAUGCUGCCUCUGGGUGUCCUCUGCAAGUGCAUCAAUUCCUAUGCUGGUGUAGACUGUCAGACAGUGGAGCCCACUGAAGAGCUGGACACCCUGGGAGCCCUGGGCCGUGAAACCGCCCUGCUUCUGACUGACCUCACCCAGGGGGCGUCCAGCUGGUUCCAGUCCCUCCUGGACCCCGUGUCCCUGUCCGUGUCCUCAUCCCCCAAUCACACACCACAGAGCGCACCAAAGGCAAAGUCCUGUGAUGCAGAGCACAACAACGGGCUGGUGGAUUACCCAGAGGGCUUUGUGCCUCUCCGUUCAGAGCAGCUGUCGGAAGUGCGGACACCGAAUGCGCCCAUCCUGAGGAACCCCUACGUGUCUCCGCUGCUCGCCCCCAACAACCUGCUGAAGGGCCUGCCGCCUCUUCACAUAGUGGCAUCUGCUUUGGAUGCCAUGCUGGAUGAUUCUGUGAUGUUUGCCAAGCGGCUCCGAAGCAUCGGCCAACCAGUGACCCUGUCCGUCGUGGAGGACCUCCCCCACGGCUUCCUCAGCCUAUUCCAGCUCUCCAAGGAGACUCAGGAGGCCUCAGAUAUUUGCACGCAGAGAAUAAGAGAUGUAUUUGAGCAAUAUCCGGUGUCUGCAAACUGCGAGCGGCCAAAAGCGCACCUCAACAAUCACAUCACUGCAGUGACGGACCCCUUCGGGUUGUCAAGACGAGAUGAGGAGCUGGAGGGGGAAAAUGAGCUGAGUGAUUAAGUGGUUGAAUUGAAGGACCUGCAUGUUUGCAGGUCCAUUUAUCCUCCUGUCUGUUAAAAGGGACCACCGUGCAUUAUGCUGACGUAGCAUUUGGAAAAUUAAGAAUGUAAAGUGCUGGGGAAAAAAGGAAAAAAGAAAAUAAGACUCAUGCUCAAGACUUUCUUGGCUUUGCACAUGAUCUUGAUUGUGUACCUUUUUUUUUUUUUUUUUUAAAUGUAUUGGAACUAAAUGUUGGGCUUUUAGCCUUUUCAGAAAUGGUCAGCUUUUAAACCUUACAAGGCUCAUAUAGCCAUAGCUGUCGAUGCUCUUUGUAAACAAACACCUCUUUGCCUUAAGCUAACAGCGAUACACAAACAGCCUUCAUGAAAGACUGCUGCGUUUACUGCACUCUUACCAUGUACUGACAAUACUUUGGGUUUCUGCACUGGUCUUAAAACUUAGAUAUUUAAAAAAAGAUAUAUAUUUAAAUUUCUUUAAAUUAUAUUGUUGUGACUUAUUAUUGUAAUGUAAAAUGAGUACAAUAAAAUAUUUUUGUCCACUGA